AAACGACACUCUUUCUAACAAAGAAAAUGUUACAUAGCCGCCGUUGUCUGGUCGACGAAGAACAGUAUCUGUGCUUACCGUCGCUUUAAAUCUUUCAACUGUCUGUAGGGCAUUCUAUUCUUCUCUCACAAUGGCCACUGGAGCUAGCAGAAAAAUUUAUGCCGCAUCAGCUCGUUCUCACGCCAGGAGAGCCAGCAAAUCCUCCUCUUUUCACCUUCCUUCAGGGAUACUUAGAACAACAUUAGCAGUGUUGUUUAUUGGGUUUCUAGCAUGGGCUUAUCAAGUAAUCCAACCUCCUCCUCCCAACACAUGUGGAUCUCCUGGUGGACCAUCUAUAACCGCGCCAAGAAUCAAACUAAGAGAUGGAAGGCAUUUAGCAUACAAAGAGCACGGUGUUCCUAAACAUGAAACAUGGAUACUUAGAACAACAUUAGCAGUGUUGUUUAUUGGGUUUCUAGCAUGGGCUUAUCAAGUAAUCCAACCUCCUCCUCCCAACACAUGUGGAUCUCCUGGUGGACCACCUAUAACCGCGCCAAGAAUCAAACUAAGAGAUGGAAGGCAUUUAGCAUACAAAGAGCACGGUGUUCCUAAACACGAAGCAAAGUAUAAAAUCAUCUCUGUUCAUGGUCUUUCCAGUUGCAGGCAUGAUGCAGUGGUUGCCGACACCCUAUCACCUGAUGUUGUUAAGGACUUGGGGAUCUACAUUGUAUCUUUUGAUAGACCUGGUUAUGGAGAGAGCGAUCCCGAUCCAAAUCGUACGUUAAAGAGCAUUGCUUUGGAUGUAGAAGAGCUUGCUGAUCAGCUGGGGUUAGGGUCUAAAUUUUACGUGGUCGGUGUUUCCAUGGGCGGACAAGUUGUUUGGAACUGUCUUAAGCACAUACCUCAUAGGCUAGCAGGUGCAGCGCUCUUAGCGCCGGUCAUUAAUUUCUGGUGGCCUGAUCUUCCUGCAAACUUAACUUCCGAAGCCUAUAGCCAAUAUAAAUUACGUGACCAAUGGGCUAUUCGUGUUGCACACUACACGCCAUGGCUAACGUACUGGUGGAACACUCAAAAAUGGUUCCCGAGUUGUAGUGCACUUUCUCGUAGUCCAGAUAUCUUUUCAAAACAAGACAAAGAGCUUAUAACUAAGUUGUUGGAUGAUAAAGAUAGUUAUCUGGCACAGGUAAGACAGCAAGGCGAAUAUGAAAGCGUCCACCGUGACAUAAACAUUGGAUUCAGUAGCUGGGAAUAUACUCCUUUAGACAUUCAAAAUCCAUUUCCAAACAACGAAGGUUCCGUUCAUCUCUGGCAAGGAGACGAGGAUCUUUUGGUUCAUGUUACGCUACAACGUUACAUUGUUCAAAACCUUCCAUGGAUUCACUACCACGAACUUCCAGGUUCUGGCCACCUCUUCCCUCACGCUGAUGGAGUGAGUGAGACUAUCAUUAAGUCGCUUUUAGGCGUGAAGUAGGCUUCGGCAUAUUUAUCUCCGUUUCGGAUAAUUGAAACGGAAGAUCACACACAAUACAUUUAUAUAUGCAGGAUUUUCUUUCGAUUUUUAGUUUAACAGAAGGUGUGAUGUUUUGUUUUUAAUAAGCUGUAUUUGGUGAUAGCUUAUAACUAUUACAUACAUGAAUGCAUUUGGUGACUACAUAGUUUGAAUUUCCAAA